AUGGUUCGCCUAGCAGCAUAUGUCUUGGUCAUCGGACUGGUUGCAGGCGUGUCUAGUCUCAUGGAGUUCAUCAACCCACCGCCUUUCGGAACUGUUGGCGACAUGAGCAACAGUCCAAAAUACGAGGUCGGUGAUCUGGUCAAUGUUGUCUGGACUCCAGGCGAAGAAGGAGGAGCUGUCUCGUUAUGUCUUUACCAACAGAAUGAAACAGACGGUGUAUGGUUUGGAGAUAUGGAAUACCUUACGCAGAACGCCUUGGAUAUCACAAGAUACAACUGGCUUGUCGGAACGAGAAAGAAUCUCACACUAUCGAACCUGUUCUAUCUCAGUGUGUUCCAAGAAGGCAAGGGUCCCUCAGAUUCAAACAGCCACUACUUUUACAUCGAGAAGAACACUGUCGAAGAGGCUGCCCCUCCUUCUUCUUCGUCUUCAGUGAGCUCCUCUACAUCGAGGUCGAACGAGGCAACCACUCCAGCACCGACCUCAACACCAACAGGGACGAAUACGUCAAGUGCCGAAACAAGCCCAGUCUCAGUGAGCGUUCCGACCAGCGAUGCCACAAACACACCAAACCUCUCCAAGCAAGAGAAUUCAUCGGACGGCUUUCCCUUAGGCGCCAAAAUCGGUCUUGGUGUAGGAAUACCCGUUGCUCUUAUCCUCGGGCUAGUGGCGGGUUGGCUACUGUUCCGUCGACACAAGAAGCGAGAUGCAGUGGUACACGAACUCCCCGCUGUCCAGACCGAACAAUACAAGUACUACAACAACGGGAGCUAUUACGGUUCGAACAUGUACGAAGCGCCGCCAAAGUCACCAGUGGAAGUUGGGCGGCAAACACCCGCGCAGGGCUUCAACACAUGGGGAAGCGGGCCGCAGGAAAAACCUGUGGAGUCAGCUACGCCUGCGCUGACUCGAUACACCAUCCCUAAGAACUACCACGGCCUCACCCUCAACCAAGCCGCCAAGUACGGUGUCCUCGCUGCCGGUUUCGGCGGUGUAGCGGGCUUCUUCGCCCUCUUCUUCUUCGCCGAAGUCCCCAAGGUGCGCGACGACAUCAUGAAGAAGAUUCCCGUUCUGGACAAGUUCUUCACGCACGAGAUACCGCCUGAGGAUAACCCUUUCUGA